AAGCAAUGCCUGAUCCACCGAAAGCUGCCAAGAAGGGUGCCAAGAAAGCGGUGUCCAAAGCGCAAACUAAGACGGGCAAGAAGCGCAAGAGGGCGAGGAAGGAGAGUUAUGCUAUCUAUAUUUACAAAGUGAUGAAGCAGGUUCACCCUGACACCGGCAUCUCUUCCAAGGCCAUGAGCAUCAUGAACUCGUUCGUGAACGAUAUUUUCGAGCGCAUCGCUAGUGAGGCUUCCCGCCUGGCCCAUUACAACAAGCGGUCGACCAUCAGUUCCCGGGAGAUCCAGACAGCCGUGCGCCUGCUGCUGCCCGGGGAGCUGGCCAAGCACGCCGUGUCGGAAGGGACCAAGGCGGUGACUAAGUACACCAGCUCCAAGUGAAGCUCCACAGAGUGCGCUGACAAAACGAUCCGAAAACCCAACGGCUCUUUUAAGAGCCACCCACGGCUUCUAAGAAAGAGUUAUGCUAAAAUUUUCAAAAACUGAGUUUGAGCACAUUCGUGACGGGACAUGUUUGCUUCGUAAGGUAAUUCUAAGUAUGUUCAUGAUGAUCAAAAUUUGAGGUUCCACGGCCCGGUACAAACCUGAUGCUGUUGUUGAAUUCCAGCCCACUGCACUGACAUGGCAUCUUUACCCUCGCCUUCUCCUUCAGCUUGUCUGUAUAUUUAAAUACUGCACUCACAAAUCUUUACACAGAGAGCGAUUAAUGUGCACAAUAUGGUUGCACGAUUUCUGUUGUUAUAUUUCAAUUCCUGAGGUCCCCUGUGGUGUAACUGCCCUGAAUCCUGUUCCUACUGGAGAUAACAAAAGGUUCACGGACCUUUCACAGAACAACUUCUAAUGCUGUAGUCUCUGCUCUGACUGCAGUCUGUGAAUAGCGACCCGUCCACAACCUGAUGCGUUUCUCACAAAGACGACAACAGGCUAUUGUGAAUCAGCAUUUGUUCCAGUCGGUCGGCAGUUGAAACAAUUUUAA